CAGCUCCCGUGUGUGUGUGUCUGCGGGGGUGUUUGUGUGCCAGCGGGACUCUCAGGAUUUUGUCAUCUGGAUCUUUUAGCCGCUUUCUUUGCAAGUUUCUUUGGAAGGUUGUUUGUCGUCCUCUGUGCACACGCACCGCCACAGCCACUCUGACAUCACAUCUGGCCUUCAUCUGCGUGACCCCAACACCCCCACCUCCCACCCCCCUCCCUGUUGAAACCAUGGCACUGUCUUCACGCUUAAAACUGUGGGAGCAGAAGGGAGAUAAAGGAGGAGAAGACGCCGGUGGCCGCGGCCGUACCUCCUCCGCCUCUGUCCACUUUGCCGGGCGGCUUCCUCAAACAGCUGGUCAGAGAAACCGAGAAGGAGACCAAACAGAAAGAGCCGGAGACCAAAGAGGAGAGACAGCCGAGCAAGCUGAGCGACAACCUGGUGCAGCAGUUCCUCCUCCCGGACCAGACUCCUCCGAUCCUCGAGGCCGAGAUGUCCCUCCGCGCCGAGCAGCAGACCAACAGCAACAAGCAGACGGAGGGCCGGUCCUCGAGCCAGAGGAAGAUGUACUCUCCUGACUCCGGCAACAAGAAGGAAACCAGACAGGAGGUAACGCCAGAGCCGCUGAAGCAGCAACAGCAAGGGAAGUCGGAGAAGGGUGUGAAGAAGCAGCAAGAGAAGGAGAGGAAAGAGGAGGCGCAGCAGGUGGAGAAGAAAGAGGAGAAGAUGGAGGAGAGGCUGGAGCCAGAGGGAAGGCAAGCAGACACGACCGUAACCGAGCGCAACGCGAGAGAGGUGAGAGAUAUUUGGUAUGAAGCAGGAACCGUGUGGUAUGUCCACAAGGAUGGUUUCACCCGCGCCACUCAGCUGAAGCCAGAUGAAGGGACACCUGAACUCCCAGAAGGCCGAGUGAGAGUCCGCCUGCAGACGGACGGCUCGCUGCACGAUGUUACAGAGUACGAGAUUGAGAAGUGCAACCCAUCAGAGCUGGACCUGUGCGAGGAUCUGAGUGACCUGCAGAGUGUCAACGAAUGUGGAGUUCUGCACAAUCUGACCAGUCGAGCUAAAGCCAACCUUCCGCUCACACACGCGGGACCCAACCUGGUCAACUUCUGGCCUCCGUUACAGGCUCACAGCAAGACUCCAAAGUCUCGGCGGGGCGAGUCGGUGUGGGAUGCUCCUCCCGCGCUGGCUGCUCUGGUCAAACGGGUGUACGUGUCCAUGGUGGGCUCCAGGAGAGACCACAGUGUAUGUGCGCUGGGACGCAGCGGCACCGGCAAGACCACCGCAUGCCAGGCCUUCACGCUCGCUCUCCUCAAACAGGCCGGUACAACCAGGGAGAAGAUCAGCGCGGAGCGUGUGCAGGCCAUGUUCACGGUGCUGAGGUCGUUUGGCUGUGUGAGCUCGCAGCACAGCGACGCUUCGUCUCGUUUCGCCAUGGUCUUCUCCCUGGACUUCAACCACGCUGGACACGCUGCUGCUGGACACCUGCAGACGGUGAUGUUGGACAAAUGGAAGGUGUGCCAGAAGACUCCCGGAGAGAGUAACUUCCUGGUCUUCUCUCAGAUGCUGGCAGGACUCAGCACAGAGAUGAGGACUGAACUGCAGCUGCACCAGCUUCCCGAGGCCAACUCUUUCGGGAUCGUUCACCCCACCAAGGUUGAGGAGAAACAGCGUGCGUCUGUCGCCUUCACCAAGCUUCUGGCUGCCAUGGAGACGCUCAGCUUCUCGGUGGGCGAGCAGAAGGCGAUCUGGCACGUUCUGGCCGGCAUUUACCAUCUGGGAGCCGCCGGGGCCUGUAAAGUGGGCAGGAGGCAGUUUGUGAACUUCGAGAGCUCUCAGGUGGCCAGCAGUGUCCUGGGCUGUGAGGGAGACGAUCUGCACACGGCCGUCUUCAAACAUCACCUCCGACAGCUGCUGCAGAGAGCCACCGGGGGCAGCAGAGAGAGGGGCCCUGCUGCUGAGGCAGAGGAGGGUCCCAGGCUGACAGCUGCUCAGUGUGUGGAGGGGAUGGCUGCUGGACUCUACGAAGAACUCUUCACCUCCAUCGUCUCUCUGAUCAACAGGGCUCUGAGCGGCCAGCAGCUGACGUUAGCCUCGGUGAUGGUGGUGGACACGCCGGGCCUCAGGAACCCGAGACACUCGGCAGAGGAGCGAGCGGCCAGCUGGCCCGAACUCUGUCACAACUACCUGCAGGAGAGGCUGCUGGAGCACUACCACACACACACCUUCACACACACACUGGACAGAUACACACAGGAGAACAUCCCCGUGGAGCUGGAGUGUCCCGAGAACAGUCCAGCGGAGGUGGUGUCUGCCAUCGACCAGCCGCCUCCACAGGUCCGGGCUGCAGAUAGUGACCCCAGAGGUCUGCUGUGGGUUCUGGAUGAGGAGAUGGUGACACCAUCCUCCAAUGAGAACAGUGUCCUGCAGAGAGUCUGUCAGUAUUACAGCAACACAGUGCGGGAGUGCGAGCAGCCGCUGCAGUGUGAGCUGAACCACCUGCUGGGCUGCGACCCGGUCCGCUACGACCUGAGCGGAUGGAUCGGUCUGAUCCAGAACAACCCGUCGGCUCUGAACGCCAUCUGUGUGCUCCAGAACUCCACCAUAGCGGAGGUGAAGAAGAUGUUCAGCCCGAAGGUCCCCCUGCCCCCUUUGUGUCGAGGUCUGGGUGGUCUGGACGGCAGCAGCCAGCGCUCUCUGCAGAGAAACGGCACCAUCAGGAAGACCUUCAGCGGAGGGAUGGCAGCCAUACGCAGACACUCCCAGUGCAUUGCCGUCAAACUACAGGCAGAUGCGCUGGUGAACCUGAUCCGCCGAGCCAGACCGGUGUUCCUGCAGUGCGUGCUGGCGAAGACCGACGCCGGAGGUCUCGACGUGCCGGCGCUCCGAGUCCAGCUGCACGCCACGCAGAUCCUGUCGGCCCUGCAGCUCCACCGCACAGGUUACCCAGAGCACAUGUCUUUGAGUGACUUCAGGUGCCACUUCCAGGCGUUGUCUCCUCCGAUUAUGAAGCGUUACGCGUCGAUGUUUGUCAGCCACGACGAGAGAAAGGCCGUGGAGGAGUUACUGGCCGAGUUGGAUCUGGAUAAGAAGAGCAUUGUUGUGGGUGCCAGCAGGGUGUUCAUGAAGCGAGGUGUGCUGCGCUACCUGGAGCAGCAGCGGGACCAGCAGGUGACCGGCUGGCUGGUCCAUCUACAGGCCGCCUGCGUGGCACAUCUGGCCCGUCAGAGGUACCGCAAACUCAAGGUGCAGCAGAUGGCGGUCAGCUGUCUGCAGAGGAACCUGCGGGCCAUGAGGAUCGUGGCCAUGUGGAGCUGGUGGAAACUGUUCUGCAGAGUGCGUCCUCAGCUCGACGUCAACAUGGACAACGAGAGGCUCCGGGCUAAAGAGGAUGAGAUCUCGGCUCUGAGACGACGCCUGGACAAAUCGGAGAAAGAGAGGAACGAGCUGAGGCAGACUGCAGAUGGCCUGGAGACCAAGGUCACGGCGGUGACAUCGGAGCUAAGCGACGAGCGUUUCCGCGGCGAUGCGGUGGGCCAGGCCCUGGAUGUGGAGCGGGCCGAGAGGAUCCGACUCAGCAAGGAGAACAAAGACCUGCAGGCCCGUCUGGACCAGUGUAAAGUCGCCAUGGAAACCCUGGAGAAGCAGCUGGAGGAGGAGAAACACAAAGCUCAGAUGGCUGAGGGUCACCGAGGAGCAGCGACAGAGAGCGAGCUGGCCAUGCAGCUGGAGUGCUGCCAGACGGAGGUGGAAUUUGUGCGCAGACGACUCAAGCAGACGGAGGAAAAACUGGAGACGGAGAGAGAGAGCCGCCAGCAGCUCGACACCAAGGUGGCGACACUGCAGGCCCAGCUGGAGCAGUCCAGGCGGAGCGCGACAGAUCUGAAGCGUCACUGUCGGCGCGUGACCUCUGACCUGCAGGACGCCCGCGUGCUCGCCGACAGCCUGCAGAGCCGCAUGCACGACGUGGACCGCAAGCAGAGAAGGUUUGACAGCGAGUUGACUCAGGCUCUGGAGGAAGCUGACACUGAGAGAGAGCAGAAGGACAAAGCUUUCCAGGAGAACGCUGCUCUGGGGGCUGAGAUAUACACUCUGCGCCGCAACCUCCAGGAGAGCCAGACAGAGGUUGAGCGUCUGCAGAAGCAGAAGGAAGAGUUGUGCGCUCAGAUCCGUGACCUCAGCCUGCCGGUCGAUCUCGCUGCCGAUUCCCUCCCCGACCUCAAGAAACAGCUUCGCCUCCUGGAGAGUCAGGCCAGCGACAGAGCGCAGGAAAUCAGCACGCUCGGCGCCAAAAUACAGCAGCAACAACAGAUCCACAUGCGCUUUGAGAUGGAGAUGGAGCGGAUGAAGCUGAUGCAUCAGAAAGAGUUGGAGGAUAAAGAAGAGGAGUUGGAGGACGUACACAAGUCCUCUCAGAGACGGCUAAGGCAGUUGGAGAUGCAGUUGGAGCAGGAGUACGAGGAAAAACAGAUGGUGAUUCAUGAGAAGCACGACUUGGAAGGACUCAUAGCAACUCUGUGUGACCAGGUGGGUCACAGAGACUUCGAUGUGGAGAAGAAGCUGAAGCGAGACCUGAAGAGGACUCAUGCCCUGCUUGCCGACGCCCAGCUGCUUCUCUCCACCGUCGACAACCCUGGGCACAACCUUCCCGCCGGCAGCAAGGAGCAGAUAGAGAGGCUGCACUGCCAGCUGGAGGAGAGCGAAGCGAAGCGGCUGGAGGCAGAGAGCCUCCAGACGACUCUCUCCCAGGAGCUGGACAACUGUCAGAUUGAACUGGAAAAUAUCUGCAAACAGAAGAGUAUGGUGGAUGAGCAGCUGGUGCUGCUGCAGCACGAGAAGGUGGACCUGCUGAAGAGACUCGAGGAGGACCAGGAAGACCUGAAUGAACUCAUGAAGAAGCACAAGGCGCUCAUCGCUCAGUCGUCCAGUGAUAUCUCUCAGAUCAGGGAGCUGCAGGCUGAACUGGAGGAGGUGAAGAAACAGAGACACUCUCUGCAGGAAGAGCUCCAGCAGAGCGUGUCAAGGGUGCAGUUCCUGGAGGCGUCCACUGUGGGGCGUAGCAUCGUCAGCAAACAGGAGGCUCGCGUGUGUGACCUGGAAAACAAACUGGAGUUUCAGAGAGGGCAAGUCAAGAGGUUUGAGGUGCUGGUGUUGCGUUUGAGGGACAGCGUGGUUCGUCUGGGCGAGGAGCUGGAGCAGAGCGCCCAGGCUGAAGCUCAAAUGAUCAAACUCUUGAGAGAAAAAACAUCGCCCAAUGCCAUUUUUUUUUUUUCUUACUACCAGCAGCGUGUGCAGGACAUGAGGCUGGAGAUGGAGGAGCUGAUCCAGCGGGAGCAGGACAGCAGCCGCAGACGCAUGGAGCUGGAGAUGCAGGUGGAGGAGCUAAGCGCCGUCAGACAGACGCUGCAGGCCGACCUGGAGACGUCCAUUCGCCGCAUCGUGGACCUGCAGGCCGCGCUGGAGGAAGUGGAGUCCAGCGACGAGAGCGACUGUGAAAGUGUUCAAACCGCUGUGGAGUCAUUGACUCGAAAGAAAGACCUUGACUCGGUGUCUAGUGUCGGGACGGAGGACGUAGGAGAGGGCAUCCGUCAUUGGCUAGGCGUGCCCAGAGGAGCGUCCCGUGGUAGUGGCUCUCCCUACGGCAGCAGUACCAUCAGCAGCCAAGGAGGGCGCCAGUCUGUCGCUGACACCAUGAGCACCUACAGCUUCCGUUCUUGUGUGGACCCUGAUGACGAGCGCUCUGAGGCUGGCGGCGGGGGAACCAGAGUUCCCGGGCGCGCCCCGUCCUCCUCCGCCCUGUCCGAGCUGCUGGACGGACUCCGCAAACGGCGAGCUGGCGGCGACACGGCCGACGGAGCCGGCAGCGCGGUCUCCCUGCCGGUGUACCAAACGACCGCGGCCUCGACUCUCAGACGGCGAGCCUCGGCCCUCUCUCUCGGCGGCCCGGGCGACCCGCAGGAGCCCCGGCCCGGCCCCGGCAUCCUCAAACCGCCUUCCCCGCUGCUGCCCCGCGCCGCCAGCGCUCGCGCCGCCAGCGCUCGCUCCGUCGGCGGCGACUCCUCCUCUACAGCCGGAGCCAAAGUCUCUCGCUUCAACUCGAGCGAUUCUCUGUCUUCGCUUCCCUCGCUGCCUCGCCUCUCCUCCUUGGCGCCCUCCCUCGCAGCUCGCCACCAGCCCCCGUCCCUGUCCAUCCCCGAGGAGGACGCGGGUCAACCUCGCCGAUCGGUGACGGCCGCCGCCACGGAGCGCUCCCCUCAGCCGCCGAGGCGUUGCAUGCUGGGGAGUCUCGCUUCGGAGGACGCGGGCGAAGGCUCUCUGGGGUCGGAGCCCAUGGUGUUCCAAAACCGCCGCCUGAUUGAGGAUAGCGGGCACGGCGACAAUGACGCGGCGUCCGACAUCCUGCCCGCCAUACGGAGAGCUCAGUCCGCCAGCAGCCUGGCCGGCUGCUCGGUCAGAGGAGGCAGGAGGGCGCUGAGCGUCCACUUUGGAGAGCUGCCGCCUUCCACCCGCAGCAGGAAAGGCUCCGAGACCGAGUCCUCCAGCUCAGGGGGGUCGGGGGGCAGUUCCCAGGGCUCAGUGGGGGGGCCCAGGCGCCGGUUUGAGAGGCCACAGGGAGAGAGACUGGAGGCGGAGGGCAGCGAGGGCGGAGACGUGGCUUCGGUCAUGAAGAGAUACCUUAAAAAGGAGGUUGACUAAAGCAGAUGAGACUCUUUGUGUGUCCACAUCUAGACAGACUGGAGACUGCAGUCAAGGCUGAACGAAAACACUUCACAAGCUGACUCUUAUUAACGCCACCUGAAAAUACAUUUGCCCUCAAUCAACUGUAUUUUCAGAUAAGCACUGUUUGUAUAUGAAUAAA